GUGCCCCACGAGGCGGACAUCCACAGGUGCUCCUUCGACGUGCCUUCUCUUCCAGACGAGUCUGGCGAGCGAGUUUGGAGCGACUGGGUCGACCGCAUUCAAGCGUCUUUCAGGGUCAACGCGAAGCCUUGCGUGUGCCAGGGCAGGAGACGACGGCACAAAAGCGACUGGAGGAGCUCAUCAGACAGCGACCAGCGGAAGCAGCAACGAGACGAGCAGCAUCUACAGUACAUGGUGGCGAUGCUUCGGGAGAUCAACGACGCCCUCGUUAUUGAGGGUAACCGUUCACCACCAGAGUCGAGAACCAAGGAGGCUAUGAUUGUGGACAUCCACCAAGAGGGGAGCUCAAACCCAACCGAGGCCAGGAUGCGCGCCAAGAUGAAGGCCCUGGUCGACAAGCCGAAAGAGGCUAAGAGGAAGAAGUUCGAGAUUGAGAAUCACUUCGAUGACUGCGGUGACUCCAUCACGGGGCUGGGUAUGAGCAGCGAACUCUUCGCAAUCUACAAGGCGACGAUGGAGCUACGUGGUGCGAAGGCGCUGGAGUCCGUCGGCAUCAGCAUGUUCAACGCCAGGGACAGCUGGAUGGAGAGCUACGAGAGAUGCCAGCCGUUGGCCAUCCUAUGCGGAGAGGUGGCCCUCUACCAGCUGGAUCGCGGACGAGGCUUCAUCAACGAGAGUCCGGCUGGAUCCAAGCUGUAUCAUGAACCACCGUGGCGACGAGUUGCGGUGUACCCUGGAGUUGUGUACGCCAUGGUGGAUCAUUGCAAGGCAGGCUUGAGAAGCUCAACCGGAGUGCCGAUGAGGAAGAGGACGGAGCAGCUGGCAUCACACGAGGCUCUGCUACGACACGCGGCGAUGUUUCAGUGCGACGGCGGACAUGAGCUCGAGACGAUCGAAGGCAGAGAGGAGACGGAGCGGGCCAGAACGUGGCCCUGGUCUUUCGCAGUCUCCAUCGCGAACGGCAUCAUGGACUACAGUGCAUCUCCGAGGACCCGGGCCAGCAGCACGGAGGCCGACGACGCCCAGUCCGAGCAGCGGCCAACGACCCAGCUCCAGGAGCUGGAAUACCAUUACCUGACGGAGAUGUGGACGCUGAAGACGUACCAGAUGGAAGAAGAGCAGGCCAUGGACGGAGAUUGGGCGAGGUGGGACCUGGGCUCGGCAAGGCGCGCGCUGUUCAGGAACAACGAGGCCAUGAAGCGCAUGCUCACCGCCGCCGGUGUUCCGCCCAAAGUGAUCCAGGUGGUUGAAGACAUCGUGGACACCUGCGGGGUCUGCAGGUUGUGCAUGAAUGGAUGUAUCAGGUUUACUGUCGCCCGUGAGCUGGUGGAUAAGUCCCUAGAGUACCUCCUGAACUUCAUCUGGACGGCCUGGAUACAGAUGUUUGGCCCUAUGGCGGUGCUGACGGUCGACGGUGAAGGUGCCAUGGCAUCGAAAGAAGCAGGAAUGGCUCUCGGAAAGAUCGGUACGACACGGAAGCUCAAGGCGCCAGGUCAGCAUGCACAAGUGGCGGAGCGACAUCACAAGAUAUUACGGAGACAGCUACACCUGAUCGACGCCCAGUGCCGCGAGAACGACAUCAAGACCUCAUUCGCCAGGAAGCUAGCGGAGGCCGCCUACGCGAAUAAUGCGUUCCAGAUGAUCGGAGACGGUACUCCCUCCAAGGCGCUAUAUGGCAGGGUACCUCGCGGAUUGGCUAUUUCUCGGCACGCUCAGAGGCUGCGCGAGAUUGCGACUACAUCGAUCAUCGAAGCGACGGCACAGGCCAGGAUGGAGAGAGCAGCGAAGUCGAGAGCGGCCCCAGUGCUGGAGGCCUUGAAGCUCGAGAUCGGCGACCUUGUGCAUUUCUUCAACCGUGGCAAGGCUCCGAAGGAGGUGCCGAAUUGGAAGGGCCCAGCCAAGGUGGUAUCGGCGGCCGCGCCAGAGACGGGCACGCUGACAAUCCAGUGGCAGGGUCGAAUCAUGGCGAUCAAAGCCACCGACGUCAG